AGAAACUUUCACUCCCGGUGACCUGAAAUCAUCAUCUCCGUCAUCCAUCAUGCAUUCGAUAUCUUCGACCACGGAACUCAACCCCCAUCGUCUGCCGACCCCGGCUCAGACACCAUGCCGGCAUCACAACAGUCACCUACCCGGAUACCUAUCCGUACCGGGUCUCACGGCAAAUGGUAUCGGGUCCGAUCUUUCACUGAUAUCCGGAGUUAGUAACAUUCCCUUACAGCUCUUCAGCGAAGGGCAGCGCAUCACCGUCAAGGAGCGGGAAUUUCUCGAGGCUGCGGAGAAGGGCGACAAAGCCACCAUAGUUCGCUGCCUCCAGGGAGAGAAUCCAGUCAACGUGAAUGUCAGUAACCUCCUGGGGCGCAGCGCAUUGCAGAUGGCGGUAGAUAAUGAGAAUCUGGAGAUCGUUGAACUCUUGCUCGCACAGCCUGAUGUGGAAAUAGGCGAUGCUCUACUCCAGGCGAUACGCGAAGGAGUCUACCGCAUGGUAGAGAUGAUGGUAAACCACCCGAGUAUUUCCCGCCAGAUGCUCGGGGAAGGAUGGGCGUCGGCCAACAAGUCCCGCCACCAGGAGAGCUCGGACUACUCGCCGGACAUCUCGCCGGUGAUCCUGGCGGCCCACUGCAACCAGUUCGAGAUCCUCCAGCUUCUCCUCACCCGUGGCGCCACCAUCUACAAGCCACAUCCGUGCGUCUGCGCAUGCGCGGUGUGUGAGGAGAAGCAAAAGCAGGACAGCCUGCGCUACUCACUGGACCGCAUCAAUACUUAUCGCGCCCUCGCGAGUCCGGCUUGGAUCUCGCUGACAAGUUGUGAUCCCGUUCUCACUGCCUUUAAAUUGAGCUGGGAGUUGCAGCGACUGGCCAUGCGGGAAAAUGAAUUCAAGGAUAUCUAUUUGACGCUCAGUGAGCAGGCAAAAGCCUAUGCCGUCGAUCUUCUCGAACAAUGCCGAAGCUCUGAGGAGGUCAUCGCCCUACUCGACAAGCAGAGCUCGGAGGAUGACGACGACGAGGGUUACGGGUCGGAUGAGAUGAACAGCGGGAAACUCACUCUAUCCCGGCUCAAACUAGCUCUGAAAUACGAACAGAAACAGUUCGUAGCACAUCCCCACACGCAACAGCUCCUGGCAUCUAUUUGGUACGAAGGUCUACCGGGAUGGAGGCGGCGUAACUGGUUCGUCAAGAGCCUCAUCUGCUGCGCUUUGAUCUGCCUCUUCCCCAUCAUGGCCCUCUACUAUCUGUUAUUUCCUCGGACCCCGAUAGGGACGUUGCUGAGGUCACCGUUCAUGAAGUUCUUGAACCACAGCGCCUCCUUCAUCUUCUUUCUCCUCCUCCUCGUCAUGGCGUCGUCGACCGUCAGUGUGAACUCGGACCGGGGUCGCGCGCCGGACACGACCGAAGGUUUCAUCCUCAUCUUCGUACUUGGUAUGAUUUGGGCUGAAUGCAAACAGCUCUGGGAGGAAGGCCUUCGAGCUUACAUUAGGCAAUGGUGGAAUUGGCUGGACUUCAUCAUGCUUUCAUUAUACCUCUGCACAUUCAGUCUACGCUUGGUAGCAGCAAUCCAGAAUAAUCGUGGGAAGUACAACGACGGGUUGCACCGAGCAGACUGGCCUGCCGGCGACCCGACCCUCCUCUCCGAGGGCGUCUUUGCCAUCGCAAACGUGUUCAGUUUUGCUCGGAUCAUCUACCUCUUUCAGGCUAAUCCUUACUUAGGUCCACUCCAAAUAUCACUCGGCUGCAUGUUAAUAGACAUAGCAAAGUUUCUCCUCAUCUUUUUCCUCGUCCUCUGUUCGUUUGCAUGCGGCCUCAACAAACUUUAUUCAGACUAUCUGAGCAGUUUCAGAAAAAGGUGUACGGCCGAAGAAGGGGAGUACUGUUCGGCAUUGCAAAAUAACGACUUUGACGGACUCCCUAGAACAUUGCUAACUCUGCUAUGGGCGUUGUUUGGCUUGGUCCAGAACACAGCACCAAAACUGAACAAAGAGGAUUCAGACCAAGAGUACUUUGUCGAACAAGUUGGAGAGUUAUUGUUCCUGGUAUACCACCUGAUGUCAAUCAUAGUUCUUCUCAACAUGCUGAUUGCUAUGAUGAGCAACUCUUUCCAAAUUAUUGAGGACCAUGCUGAUCGGGAAUGGAAGUUUGCUCGGUCUAAACUUUGGAUGAGUUACUUUGAUGAGGGGUCCACGCUUCCCCCACCCUUCAACCUGAUCAUCAGUCCAAAAUCAAUACUCUAUGCUGCGAUGGCUUGCAAGAGGGUCUUCUCAUCUAGGGUCACAAAGAGCAAACACAAACCCAAACCAAGGAGAGACUGUUCCAUGAAUGACUCCAUGAAGAAUGUAGAUGGGUCUAUCGGACCGAACAACUCCCCUGAAUACCGGUAUCAAGACGUCAUGAAACGGUUGGUGAAUCGCUACAUCCAUCAGUGUAAAGCAGCUCGAAAAGCAGACGGCGUAAAUGAGGAUGAUCUCAAUGAAAUCAAACAGGACAUCUCCAGUUUGAGAUAUGAACUCCGUGAGGACCGGAAGAAAGAGGAAGCCCGCGGAAGCUCCAACAUGCACAACAUCCGACGAGAUAUUAUACGUAUAGUAAGAAGCACGAGCUCAACAACCGAGCCAACGAGUACAACCUUAGAUGUCCGAUCUCAACCCGGGAGUGCUACCAGUACAGAAUCCCUGCAUAGUCCCAACAAGGACACGAGUAGCACUGGUGCGUUAAGGCCGAUUCUACUUGGAAGCGGGCAAGGAAGUGCAUUUAGACGAUUUGAGGGCAUGGUUGGACGUGAAGGUGGAAAUACCAAUCCAAGCACUGUCAAUAUUGCAUAUGCACGUGACGACGGUGGACUAGAAGAGCUGGUGUCACGUGUCGAUCUCGAAACAAUGAAAAAGGACAUUUUGAGAGGGAUACAAACAGAGGUGCAGCAGUGCUUGCGAGAGGUACUCCUAACGCAGAGGCAUCUCCAGCAACGCCCGUCCAUCGAUGGGCUGACGUCCCCUCCUCCCCCGGUACCUCCUCCGCCUCUUGAUUUGGAAUUCACUGAUUUACCUCCCAAUAAUAAUGGACAGUAUUUUUCAUACAGGAAUGCAGCCUUUGAAUAUGACGAAGAAUUCAAAACAAAGAAUCCAACUUUGACUCAGCUCUGAACACGGCCAUUAAGAAAAACUCAAUGAAUGAUGCAUGAUUUAGUGGACUUAUGAAGAUAAACUGGAAUCAACUAAUCUGUAUUUUUAUCUGUGUCGUUAUUCAUCAAUCAUCAAACCAACUACUUUGCUGCGUUGAUUUGCCACAUAUGAAGAUUGAAACAUUUGGGAUACCUCAUCUAAUAAGAAAUCUUCGAACCAAAUGUACCUUGGGAAAACUUCUACAGUGCAUUGAUUAGCCAAGUCAUUUUGGAUAUUUUAUCGCAUAAGAAAUCUUUGAAUCUUAUUUUCAUUUACCUUGUGGAAACUUCUUCAGGGCUUGGAUGUGCCACAUAGUUAAGAAAAUUGUGCCAUUUUGGAAGUUUUCUCACAGAAGAACCUUAAACCUUAUGUACUUUGAAAAACUUCUUACUGGAUGGGUAUGCCACCUAGGAUAAUUGAACCAUUCAAGAUACCUUAUGACGAAAGAAAUCAUUGAGCAGUACAUACUUUAAGGAGGCUUCUUUAGAAGGAAAUUGAACCAUCUGGGAUGUUUCAUCACCAAAAAAAAUCCUUAAAUGCUAUGUACUUCUAGAAAAUCCCUUCAAUGCACGGAUAUAC